UCACUGGUUAAUUCUGUUUGACAGCUCGCACAUAUUUAUAGCUUUCGUGAGAAGGUUAUUUCUUUGAAACUAAAAUGAAGAAAUUUAUUAUUCUUAGUUUAUUAUCAUGUCUUUCGUUUAUUUCCGCUGUUCAAGAAACUUUGGUUUUAGUAGAUAAUCUUAAUAUAAGAGAAACACACUCUUUGUUUUUCAAAUCUUUACAUGACCGUGGAUAUGCUCUAACAUUCAAAUUAGCCGAUGACUCCAGUAUAGUCUUGUCUAAAUAUGGCGAAUACUUGUAUAAGAAUCUGAUCAUCUUUUCGCCGUCAGUCGUUGAGUUCGGCGGUCAGUUAGAUACAGAAGCGAUCACCAAGUUUAUAGACGAUGGAGGUAACCUACUUAUCGCUGGAAAUGCCGCUGCUGGGGAUAUAUACAGGGAGAUUGCUUCAGAAUGUGGCUUUGAGAUGGACGAAGAGUCUGCAGCUGUAAUAGACCACUUUAACUAUGACGCAUCAGACGAUGGUGAGCACACCAGGAUCAUCGCCAACCCCGCCAACCUGAUCAAUGCUCCCACCAUAGUGGGGACUUCCAACACCCGCCCUCUGCUGUUUGAAGGCACUGGUCUCAUUGUGGACAAGGACAACAGCUUGGUGUUGCCCAUCUUGACCGCAGACAGCACAGCAUACAGCUACAAUCCUAAGAGUCAGGUAAAAGAGUACCCCCACGCCGUCGGGCGCAAGACUGUCCUGAUAGCGGCCCUGCAAGCCAGGAACAACGCUCGCAUUGUGUUCAGCGGCUCACUGUUCUUCUUCUCGGAUGAGGCUUUCACUGCUACCGUCAACAGGGUUCAUGUUAAGGGUGACCAAGCGAAGGCCGAGCCGGCUGGUAACAAGGCGUUGGCUCAGCACCUCAGCGCGUGGGUGUUCGGCGAGCGCGGCCGCCUGCGCGUGCGCAACGUGCAGCACAUGCGACAGGACGACCAGAAGACAUCAAACACUUACACCAUUACCGACACUGUCGUAUAUAGAAUUGAAAUUGACGAGCUGCAACAUGGUCAAUGGAAGCCAUUCGAGGCCACAGAUGUCCAGUUGGAGUUUGUUCGCAUAGAUCCAUUUGUUCGUAUCACCCUCAAGCCGAAACCCAAUGGAGUGUACGAAGCAGUAUUUAAAGUGCCCGAUGUGUGGGGAGUGUACCAGUUUAAAGUGGACUAUGACAGAAUUGGAUAUACAAGGCUUUAUCAUUCUACACAGGUGUCCGUGCGUCCGUUGCAGCACACCCAGUAUGAACGCUUCAUCCCCAGUGCUUACCCGUACUACGUGAGCGCUUUCUCCAUGAUGAUAGGCGUAUUCCUCUUCUCCUUCGUGUUCUUGUAUUACAAGGAGGACACUCCCAAGUCUAAGAGCGAUUAAAUUAUUAUAUUUAUACAUUGUCACUAAGUUUCACAAAGUGUGAGUGCAUGUAAGAUUGUAGUGAUUGUUUGAUAAUAAAUAUGUCGAAAAUAA